AUGCGCGAGGCCCUCGGCCAGGACCCGCUCACCGGCGAACCCAAGUGGCUCAAGCGCCAGCGCAAACUUUUUACGAAUUUCGUCAACGCGAAACUCAUGGACCGCGACAUUAGCCCCGUGACGAACAUCUUCGAGGACCUGAAGGACGGGCGCAUUCUCUACGCGCUCCUCGAGGAGCUGUCGGGCCAGUCGCUCGCGCCCAUCGGCAAGAUCAAGAAGAAGGCGCCUUUGAAGAAGGCGGAGACGCGCAUCGACCACGUGUCGAACCUGUCCAUCGUCUUCCGCUACAUCAACCAGACGACGAAGAUCACGGGCAUCGGCCCCGCGGACGUCGCCGACGGCAACGAGACGCUCAUCCUCGGCCUGCUCUGGUCGCUCAUCGUCUUCUUCACCGCGCGGGACCUCGGCGGCGUCGACGACGUGAGCGCGCUCAAGAAGAAACUGUUGCGCUGGGCGCAGAAGCGCACCGCGAAGAACCCGGACGUGGAGGUCCGCAACCUCAAGGACUCGUUCAAGGGCGGCCGCGCGUUCCUCGCGAUCCUGCACGACGUCGACGCGGAGGGGUCGCCCUACGAGCCGUCGGCGGUCGCGACGCACAACUUCAAGACCGCGUUCGACGACGCCGCGGACAAGUACGGCGUGCCCGUCCUGCUCGACGGCGACGACGCGGACCUGUGGAAGGAGGAGCAGGGCAUGGCGCGCGCCCGGCGUCCGACGCGAGAGUUCCGUUUCCGAUUGAUGAAGCGGCUCCCGGAGACGUCGAGCGACGUCGCGGGCGCGGCGCUCGCGGCGGCCGCCGCGCGCGAAGGGGAGACGCGCGACGACCUCGUCGCGCUCUGCAAGGUGCCGUCCGUCGUCGGGUCGUCGGCCUGCGACGACGCCGCGCGACUGCUCUGCCACCAAGCCCAGCUCCGCAAGAUGGCCGCCGUCGACGUCCGCGGCGGCUUCGUCACCGCGGCCGCGCGCGAGCGCGACCCGGCGCUGCCGACGGUGCUGCUCGUCGGCGACUACGCCGUCGGCGCGCCCGUCGCCUGCUGUGUGGAAUUCAACCACUGGUUUGGGUGGUCCUGA